UGGAAGUUUGUGAACAACGUCAUGACGGCAAAGCUGUUUGUUAAUAAUGUGAAACAUUUUGAGAACAGAUCAGUUUAAUGCUGCUGUCUAGAGACAGAAUGGAUUUAUGAACUGAAUGAAUUUUAUGUUUGAUGCUCUUCAUUGUUGAGACUGAGCCCUGCUUGUAAAAUGAGUCACCGUGACGAGGGAGUGGAGGAGGAUGUUCACACACAGAGAGCAGCAUCUCCAGCACCCAGUUGUGUGUCUGUGAGGAGUAAUGAUUCCAUGGAAAAUCGACCUGAUCUCAGUGAUGGAACAGUGAUCCCUAAAACAUCUGUGACAGUGCAGAGAGAUUAUGUGAUCGGAUCACUGAUGUCCCAUCUGACCUGCACUGACAAUCAUACCCUCAUCAGAAAGAGACUCAAAGACCAGCACAAAACCAGCAUGAAGAACAAGUAUGAGACCUUAUUUGAGGGAAUCAGACUAGAAGAGAAUCAAACCCUCCUAAACAGUAUCUACACACAGCUCUACAUCAUAGAGGGAGAGAGUGAAGGAGUGAAUAAACAACAUGAGAUUUUACAGAUGGAGAAAACAACCAGAACACAAGACACUCCUAUCAGUUGCAAUGACAUCUUUAAACCCUUACUUCAACCAGGAUAUGAGGAGAAAGACCAAAUCAAGACUGUUCUUACUAAAGGCAUCGCAGGAAUUGGAAAAACUGUCUCUGUGCAGAAGUUUAUUCUGGAUUGGGCCGAAGGAAAAGCCAAUCAGGAUGUAGAUUUCAUGUUUGUGCUUCCAUUUCGAGAGCUGAACUUGAUUAAAUAUCAGCAAUAUAGUCUUCACAAACUUCUGCUGGACUUUCAUCCUGAACUUCAAGAACUGGACUCAAAGAUUUAUGAGGAAUGCAAAGUUGUGUUCAUCUUUGAUGGUCUGGAUGAAAGCAGAAUCACACUGAUGUUUUCAGAUGAUGAGAAAGUUUAUGAUGUGAGCAAGUCUUCAUCAGUGGGUUUGUUGAUGUCAAACCUCAUCAGAGGAGAUCUGCUUCCCUCUGCUCUCAUCUGGAUCACCUCCAGACCAGCAGCAGCCAAUCAGAUCCCCUCAAAAUACAUCAGCCGUGUGACAGAAAUUCAGGGAUUCAAUGAGCCUCAGAAGGAGGAAUAUUUCAGGAAGAGAAUCAGUGAUGAGCAUCAAGCCAGCAGAAUCAUCUCACACAUAAGAAGAUCAAGAAGCCUCAACAUCAUGUGUCACAUACCCGUCUUCUGCUGGAUCUCAGCCACUGUGCUUCAAAACCUCCUGAAACAAAAUGACAUUGCAGAAAUCCCCCAAACUCUGACUGAAAUGUAUCCAGAGAAACUCCAGCAGUCCAACAGAGAUGUGAUUAUGAAACUUGCUGAACUGGCUUUCAAACAGCUGAUGAAGGAAAAUGUGAUGUUCUAUGAGGAGGACCUGACUGAGAUUGGCAUAGACAUCAAUGAUGCUGUAGUGUAUUCUGGAAUUUGCACUGAGAUCUUUAAGGAGGAAUCGGUGAUUCAUCAGAGGAAAAUCUACAGUUUCAUUCAUCUGAGUUUUCAGGAGUUUCUUGCUGCUUUAUACCUGUUUUACUGCUUUUUAGUCAAGAAAGAUGAAUCAUUACAGUUGUUUUGGGAUAAUGAGUUAUUCAGGUACAGUGGAAACCCUCUGUUCUUACUAUUAGAAGCAGCAGUUUUUAAAUCUGUACAGAGUGAAAAUGGACACCUGGAUCUGUUCCUGCGGUUCCUUCUGGGCGUCUCACUGGAGUUCAAUCAGAGACUCUUACAGGAUCUACUGACACGCACAGUGAAGAGCUCAGAGAGUAUCAAGAGAAUCACACAUUACAUUAAAGAGAAACUCAAGGGUAAUGAAAGUCUCUCAGCUGACAGAUGCAUCAAUCUGUUCCUCUGUCUGCUGGAAGUGAAGGAUCAGACUCUGUACACAGAGAUUCAGGAGUUUGUGAAAUUAGAGAAUCACUCCGUGAAUCAACUAUCUCCUGCUCAUUGCUCAACAAUUGCCUACAUGCUUCAGAUAUCAGACAAGGUGCUGGAGUUUGAUCUGACGAAAUACAACACAUCAGAUGAGGGUAAACUUAGACUGAUACCAGUUGUGGCAAACUGUAAAAAAGCUCUACUUGCAGGCUGUAAUCUCACUGAUCAGUGCUGUCAAAGUUUGUCUUCAUCUCUACGAUCAUCAAACUCCUCACUGAGAGAGCUUGACCUGAGUCACAAUGACCUGCAGGAUUCAGGAGUGAAGGUUCUCUCUGAUGGACUUAAGAGUUCACAGUGUCAACUCAACAUACUGAGACUCACAUGGUGUAAUCUCACUGGUCAGUGCUGUGAAAGUUUGUCUUCGUCUCUACAAUCAUCAAACUCCUCUCUGAGAGAGCUGGACCUGAGUAACAAUGACAUGCAAGAUUCAGGAGUGAAGCUUUUGUCUGCUGGACUGAAGAGUCCAAACUGUCAACUCAACAUACUGAGACUGACAUGGUGUAAUCUCAGUGGUCAGUGCUGUGAAAGUUUGUCUUCAUCUCUACAAUCAUCAAACUCCUCUCUGAGAGAGCUGGACCUGAGUCACAAUGACAUACAAGAUUCAGGAGUGAAGCUUUUGUCUGCUGGACUGAAGAGUCCAAACUGUCAACUCAACAUACUGAGAUUAUCUGGCUGUAUGGUGACAGAAGAAGGCUGCUGUUUUCUAUCUUCAGCUUUGAGUUCAAACUCCUCACAUCUGAGAGAGCUGGAUCUGAGCUACAAUCACCCAGGACAUACGUUAGUUAAGCUGCUGUCUAAUUCAAACUACAGACUGAACAAAAUAAGUAUGGAUUAUGGAGGAGAGUUCAGGAUUACAGCAGGACUACAGAAAUAUGUACGUGUUCUCACGCUGGAUUUAAAAACAGUAAACACUCAUCUCUCUCUGUCUGAGAGGAACAGAAAGGUGACACGUGUUUCAGAGAAGCAGCCGUAUCCUGAUCAUCCAGAGAGAUUUGAUGAGUGUCCUCAGGUUCUGUGUAGAGAGAGUCUGUCUGAACGCUGUUACUGGGAGGCUGAAUGGAGCGGGUCUGGGGUUUAUAUAUCAGUGACAUAUAAAGGAAUCAGCAGGAAAGGGAAAGGUGAUGACUGUCAGUUUGGAUGCAAUGAAAAAUCCUGGAGUCUGGUCUGCACCAAUAACAAAUUAAUUUCCAGACACAAAAAGAAGAGCACAGUCAUAUCUGCUCCUUUAAGCUCUCACAGAGUAGGAGUGUAUGUAGAUGUGUCGGCUGGUGUUCUGUCCUUCUACAGCAUCUCUGACACAAACACACUCACACACUUACACACAUUCAACAGCACAUUCACUGAACAUCUCUAUGCUGGAUUUGGAGUUUAUUCUGGUAGUUCAUUGUCUCUGUGUGCUUAAAUGACCUCCAGUGAGACACAACAGAUGAGUAAAAAACAUACAAAUUUAAUUUUAGUGUUUAUGUGUGUCUAUAUAGGGUGCAUCAAAAAAAUCAAGGUCAAGUGUAAGAUUUUCACUUUGUUGUAUGACUUAAAUCAGCCAGCAAAUGUCUACUGGGCCCAGUGCAAAUUAUCAUUACAGGGUCGCAAAUAAGUUUAUGUACAUAUACAUAUGGGCCAUUCUAUAAUUAAAUAUAAUCCAAACAACAAUUUAAUGUCCGUGAAGUCUUUUUGGUAACACUUUACUUUGCAUAAGAAUGACAUCUUCAUAAUGUGUCAUGUCAUGAAUAUAAAGGAGGUUAUAUGCAUGUUUAUGACAACUGUCAUUAAGUGUCAAUGUCAAUUUUAAUGCAAAGAUGACAUUGUUUGAGAUGCCAUUGUUAUGACAACUUGACAUAAACCAAUACAUAACCUGUCAUAAAUCUGUCAUAAACAUGACAUAGCAGAUUAAUUAAACGUAAUAAACUACUUAGCUUUAUGGGUUAACAUUACGUUAAGCUGUAAUGUGGUUGGUUUUGACAUUGGCUGUCAUGGGGCCAUUAUAAUUGUGUCAUGAAUAUUUUUCUGACCACU